AUGGCCAGCGACAGCUUCAUCAACGCAAUCGCCGGCGCGGCAGGCGGCUCGAUAGCCAUGACCCUCACAUACCCUCUCAUCUUUGUCUCUACGAGAGCAGCAGUCGCGUCGGAGAAGGAGCGAAAGUCGACAUACGAGGCCGUUGUAGACGUCAUUCGCUCCGCAGAGGGUGUCAGUGCACUUUAUAGUGGCUUGAGUUCUAGUCUGCUCGGCAUCUCCGUCACAAACUUUGUGUACUACUACUUUUAUGAACGAGGAAGGGGUAUGAUAUUGGCUGCACGGUCAAAGCCGGGCUCCAAGGGUCUGUCAGUGGCCGAGUCGAUGCUCAACGGCCUGAUAGCAGGCUCUGCAACGUCCAUCAUCUCAAAUCCAAUCUGGGUUUUGAAUACGAGACAGACGGUACGAACCAUCGCCCCUUCCUCUACAGAUCCUUCCGCAAAGGAGGUCGUCGUGAAGAAACUCGGCAUCAUUGAGACUGCCAAGAAUAUCAUUCAGAAGGAUGGCGUUGGCGCAUUGUGGGCAGGCAUCGGACCCGCGUUGAUCCUGGUCAUCAACCCCAUCAUCCAAUAUACUGCCUUUGAGCAGCUAAAGAAUUUCAUCAUGCAACGCCGGACGGCAAAAUUGCGUGCAACUGGCUCGACCCGUGCGGCCUCUUUGUCCGAUUGGGACUAUUUCGUGCUCGGUGCACUUUCAAAACUGAUUGCGACGACCAUGACGUAUCCAUACAUUGUCGUCAAGUCCCGCCUCCAAGCCGGCAGGGCGCAGUACCCCUCUGCAUGGGCUGGUGUUCAGGCCAUUAUCGGCAAGGAGGGUAUUGAGGGAUUGUACAAGGGUAUUGGGUCCAAGCUUGUACAGAGCGUCUUGACGGCUGCGAUCCUAUUCGCGGGCCAGAAGAGGGUGUAUGAAGUCACAAAGAGGGCGCUCAUGAGCGCUGGUUUAGCCAAGUAA